AUGUCACCUGCGGAUGCCAAGUCUCGACGACAAGCCUUUGCGGGUCAAGAAAGAGAGCUUUGCGAGGAGUUGGAGGUGCCCAAUGUUGAAUGGAACCCCUGUGUCAACCGUUGGCAUGCCUACAACAACAACAACAUUCUUGAUCGCUACGUUGACUUGAAGGUGGUCAGGGCUACCCGCGUUCAAGUUAACGCUAAUUGGACACACUUCCGUGACCCCGAGUGGUCGACCAAUCCACCAGCAGACGCGGUAGAGCGCGCAUGCACACACGCACCGAAGCACGCACACAUGCACGCAAGCAUAACCUGGCGUAGAGGAUAUCACCUCCUUCUCUGUCUCUUUCUCUCUCUCUGCCUUGCAUGGCUUCCCAUUGCUCUCUCCUCGUCUUGGCGGAUCCCUGCAACUGAGGUGAAGUACAGGUUUUCGGAGAACAGUCCUCCGGGGCAGAUUUUGGGGAAUGUCGCGGGCUCCGCGCCACAGAAGAGCGUGACGUAUGCAUUCGGUGCGCCUUCACAGCUCUUUCACCUCGACCCCGUCACCAGUGAACUCUCCCUCAAGGCUGAAAUCGACGCGGAAAAGCUGUGCGGCCUAGCCACGUGGCGAGACGACGAGAAAGGAGACCCAAACAACGACCUCACCGAUAUAGUCACCUGCACACCUUCAACAGGCGAGCUCUCCGUCCAGUUGGAUGUGAACGCCAUCCUGCCAGACGGUGGUCUCCAGGCCGUCUUUAAGGUGACUGUGGAGGUCCUCGAUGUGGACGACAACCCACCUCUGUUUGACAACCAGAGAGUGUGGAAACGACACCUGCGAGAAGUAUUUUACCGCAAGGGCCGAAAAAUCGACCUACCCAAGGCGCGUGACAUCGACCUGCUCCCUGAGCACCGACUCAUUCGCUAUACCCUCGAGCAACAUUCACCCGCAGUUGAAGAUACCUUUCACUUUGAAGUCAGCAGCAGUGAGACUCCAACGCUGGUUCUGCUAAAAGAUCUGGACGCCGAGACGCAGGAAUACUUCAACAUGACUCUCGUAGCCUUCAAUCCCUCCCGGAGCUCACACUAUCACGGCAUGUACGUGGGGGGCAGGGGUUCGGAACAGCUGGAAUCCCGUCUUCAAGUGGAAAUCUACGUAGUGGAUAUGAAUGACAACGAGCCCUACUUCGAGGAACCCAGUUGCAACGUGACUGUACAUGAGGAUACUCUGCCUGGAACAGUCAUCUUUCAGUGCGUUUCCGUGACCUCCACUAACCCCCUCACCCCGGCGCUCCUCCUCUGUCCCCUUCCCCCGGUUUCCGCGUCGCGACCCUCCUCCUCCUCCUCUCCGGUGGGUGCGUGCGACCAGCACUCAUCAGCCAAUAACCACCCACCGCGGCGCGCACGUCUCCGCCAAUAG